AAACCUCUCAUUUCAAUUGAGUUCUAAGAUCACCAAUUGAUCACCACGGUUCAAUUGGCCUCGAAAUAAUUGUGGUCAGCAGAUUGAGGGCCUUCUCCACCUGCCGCAAUCUUUUUACGAUGCUGUCAAGAGCUGCAAGGCCAGCUCUGCGAGCCGGGGCUUCGCUGCAGACCCGGGCCGUCGUCCCCAAUGCCGCCAACUUCGCAACGCUCCGUGAAAUCGAGGGCCGGCUGAAGUCGAUUCGCAACAUCGAGAAGAUCACCAAAACGAUGAAGAUUGUUGCGUCGACGAAGCUCAACCGGGCACAGCGAUCGAUGCAGGACUCGCGCGUGUACGGCCAGACGUCCAACGCCGUCUUUGACUCGGCCGAGACCAAAGCCCUCGAGGGCGAGGACAAGAAGAAGCUCGUGAUUGUCUGCAGCUCCGACAAGGGUCUCUGCGGCGGCAUUCACUCGGGUUUGAGCCGCUUCAUCCGCCGCAAGACGUUGGAGGAGCCCAGAUUCGACCUGGUCCUCCUCGGCGAGAAGUCCAAGGCCCAGCUCCAGCGUACCAACGCCCAGGACAUCGUCCUUAACUUCGCCGGCAUCGGGAAGGACCUCCCCAAGUUCACUGAUGCCCAGGCCAUUGCCGACCAGAUCGUCUUGUUGCCCAAUGAAUACUCGAGCAUCGAGAUCGUCUACAACAAGUUCCUCAAUGUCCAGAGCUACGAACCCACCGUUGUUGAGGCAUUUUCCGAGGAGGCCAUUGCCGCUUCUGCCAACUUCUCCGCCUUCGAGGUGGAUGAGGAGCUCCUUGCCAACCUCCGGGAAUAUGCCCUCGCCAACUCCCUCUACUGGGCCCUGUGCGAGGGUCACGCCUGCGAGAUCUCCGCGCGCCGCAAUGCCAUGGAAAACGCCUCGAAGAACGCCGGCGAGAUGAUCAACAAGAACCAGAUCCUGUUCAACCGAACACGCCAAGCCGUCAUCACGGGCGAACUGGUUGAAAUUAUCACCGGAGCCACGGCAUCGGAGGACAUGUAAAUCUACCUACCUGGCGAGGACGCGGAAGUGCCGGAGGGGAGGGAAAUGGAGGGGACUCUUCGAAAGAGACUUCCCUUUGUAUCAAAGUAGCAAAGACCUCCUUGUGUAACCAGUCUCUCUCUCGAAUAGACUCUUUGAGAAGGGCUAUCUAUCUUCUACUAAAUCGGCUUUGCAAGUCAAGCCUCGUGCG